CAACAUGGCAGCUUCCUUGACUUUUAACAGCCGGCAUUCAUUUCGAACAUUUGUGAAAUUCAAAGUAUAUUCAUCCCUGAGAAAGUUUUCAAAAGAUUUGGUUUGUGUUUCUAAACGAGACAAUUUGCACCUCAUUGCUAUAAACCGACCAGAAAAAAGAAAUUGUGUCAAUGGAAACACUGCUAUUCAGUUGAAGGCUGCAUUUCAAGAUUUUGAGAGUGAUCAAAAUGCUUCUGUUGCUAUUUUACAUGGAACUGGUGGAACAUUUUGCGCAGGUUAUGACCUAAAAGAAGUUGCUGCUGGCAAUAAAAUUGACUUAUCAAUAAAUGAUGGUCCAAUGGGACCAACAAGAAUGAAAAUUACAAAGCCAGUUAUAGCUGCUGUUGAUGGUCAUGCUGUAGCUGGUGGAUUUGAGCUUGCUUUAUGGUGUGAUCUCCGUGUAGUGGAAGAAACAGCCACUAUGGGAGUUUUUUGCAGACGAUUUGGUGUUCCUUUGAUUGAUGGUGGUACAGUGAGACUUCCUCGACUCAUUGGUCUUGCUAGAGCACUGGAUCUUAUCUUGACUGGGCGAGGUAUUAGUGGGAAAGAGGCCUCAGAAAUGGGACUUGUAACAAAGUUAUGCAAGAAAGGAGAAGCUCUUCAGUCAGCUAUAAGUCUAGCCAAUGAUAUUGCAAAGUUUCCUCAAAAAGGCAUGAAUGUUGAUAAAAAUUCAACAAAAGAAGUAGUUUAUGAUGCUCACUCUUUAGAAGAAGCUUUUAAAAUUGAAAUAAAUAGAGCUAUUCCUGUACUGAAGGAUGCUUCUCUAGGUGCUUCUAAGUUUUUUGGCCAGUCAAAGUUGAAAAAUUCUCCAGAAGAUACAAAUAAACACUGAAAAUUAUUGAACAAAGUUAACCUCAUUUCAUCAGCUCUCAAGAAUCUUAUACAAUUGACUCUGAGUUUUCAAAACCUUACGAACACUCAGGACUUUAUGAAUAGUUUACAAGUCACGAAAUGUUUUUUAUUGAAGCAAUACUGUUUGAUUUUACAAACUCUUGAUUUUAUGAAUACUUUUUGUGGUCCCAAAGAGUUUGUACACUCAGGCGUCAACUGCUAUUAUUGUGAAAAUAGUCACUGAUCUUUCAAAUUCAUGUAUUUAAUGCUAUGUAUGAAUUUUCAUAAAUGUAAUUGAAGUUACUUUCUUUCACAGCGUUUUCAAUCCUAAGAACUUUAUUUAAUGAAAAUUUUAAAUAGGAAAGUUGUUUCCAUUGAUUUCCAUGUCAUUCAUUUUUACACAAUUCUCUAAGUAAUAUACUGAAUUAAAAAGAAAAAAAAAAUCCAAGUUCACAAAAAUGAGAUGUUGUUGAACCUAAAUGGUUUUAAUGUACUAAAGUAAAAUUCUUAAAAUUUGGAACAUAGAUAAAUUAAGAUGCCUUACUGUUUCCUAAUUCAAAGGGAUCUGACGAGAGGAUUUUGAAGAGUUCAGCCCCCAUUAUACCAGAGCCUGUGGUUUAAGACUAUAUUACCAAUCCUAGUAUGUUAAUAUGUAUAUACAUGUAAAAACUAUAUGAGUCUCCACUCUCAGGCAGAAAUUUUGGCUGUUAAAGCAAAAGAUUCAGUCUUCCAUGUUUAAAAUAGUUAAUUUUUUGUUAAAAAAUGAAAGGUCUUUAAAAGUUCUGUAAAUAUGUUGAUAAAAUUGACUUAAAAUGUUAUUUGGUUCUUUUCAAGAAUGCUCUUUUUCAGAUAAUUUUUUGCAUUUUGAAAAGCUGCUGAAUGAUUAUAUUUUUGUAAAAUUAAUAUUCUAUUAUAUAGUUUGUACAAAACUUGUUUCUAUUA